UCUCCUGCACCUUGACAGUAAAGCUGUCAUCUACGUCAUGACCUCCACCAACAAAAAUAUACUUCAUCCAUUCGAAAUCGAACACUCUAUAGAGAGUUUAGAGUGCAUAGUCCUAGAGGAAAUACUUUCAGACAGAUGGGUGAGUUCCUGUGGCCACUUGAUUCAGCUUGGGACGCAAGCAGCGCUGGAGGCAAAACGUGGAGGCCAUGAACAAGUACAGCACACACUCACUCUUCACCAUAAAGAAGUGGAAAUAGUGUGGCACCUGCUAACUGCUGAAACUUGGAGACUCCACCUCCUGCCUCUCCUGCUUGAUCACAGUCAAGACACAAUUCCCAUCUCCUCCCUUCCCUUCAUAAUGGUGUUGCAUUCAGAAGUAGCAGCACUUGGCCUGAUAGAAAAUUUAGUUUUCCAUGAAGAGUCUGCUGCAGCCUUGGAAGGACUUGUUCUGGAUGUAAUAGACUACAGUGUAAGGCAGCUGGUCCGGCUUGCUACCCAUGCCCACACUCAUCCAAACCAGACUCUCUAUGGUCCUGAUGAGAGCUACCAUUCCAUUUCUACCUCUAAAGAAAACACAGAUGACAGAGGUGAAUAUAGCAAGAAGGCAAAGGAUAAUGAUCUUAGUGAAAAAAGGGAGAAUGACCACCAGAAAACCCUGAAAAAUAUUAGAAACCCAGAUGGAAGUGAAUCAAAUAUACAGCAGGAAGUGACCAGGGAGGAGCGCAGGGCAGGACUGGUGUUAGGGGCAAAAGCAGUGACUGUACUGCAUCUCUUGGCUGGAUGCCGAAAGCACCUUCCCCUCUGUGCCACCACAACGCUUGAUGAACACACAUGAUGUGCCACAACUUCUGGCUACAUUGUUAUAUAUGGAGCCAUGGAAAACAUACCACAAAGAUGUUGUGCAUAUAUUUGAAGACAGUGAAUGGCAGAAGAGAACUGCAAA